GAGGUGCCUAGAUUUUGACGGAAAUACACUUUUUGUCUUUUCUCUUCUCGCUGUAUUUGUUGUAUAAUCGUCACAGAUCCAGCUCCCGACGAAGAAGAAGAAGAAUAAGAUGAGUGACGAAACGGCGUCGUCUUCGUCUCAGGCGACGGCGAAGAAGAAGGAGAGUUUGGGAUGGAUGGAGUGGAUGAGAGGAUGGAGCAGCGUUUUCCAGGAGAUUCUCUUCCAGAGGAUCACCGCGUCUCAUUUGCAGAACCCUCUCCCUCUUCCUCCCGUCAACGACCUCACUUGCGUCGUCACUGGCUCCACCAGUGGCAUUGGCCGCGAGACUGCUAGGCAGCUUGCAGAGGCUGGUGCUCAUGUUGUGAUGGCCGUGAGGAACACGAAGGCAGCUCAGGAGCUGAUACAACAAUGGCAGAACGAGUGGUCUGGUAGGGGUCUCCCACUUAACAUCGAGGCAAUGGAACUUGAUCUUCUUUCACUGGAUUCUGUGGCAAGAUUUGCCGAUGCUUGGAACUCCCGAUUAGGACCUUUGCAUGUUCUAAUUAACAAUGCUGGCAUAUUUGCUAUGGGAGAGGCGCAAAAAUUCUCAGAGGAUCGAUACGAGCAGCACAUGCAAGUGAACCAUUUAGCUCCAGCGCUGCUUUCAGUACUCCUUUUGCCGUCUCUGAUCCGAGGCUCUCCUAGCCGAAUCAUUAACGUGAAUUCCGUUAUGCAUAGUGUUGGUUUUGUUGACCCGGAUGACAUGAAUGUUGUUUCUGGUAGACGCAAGUACUCAAGCGUUGUAGGAUACUCGAGCAGCAAGCUUGCCCAGAUUAUGUUUAGUAGCAUUCUUUUCAAAAAGCUGCCUCUGGAAACAGGAGUUAGCGUCAUAUGUCUAUCCCCCGGUGUUGUUCUAACAAAUGUUGCCAGGGAUCUUCCCAGGAUUCUUCAAGCUCUUUACGCCGUGAUACCUUAUUUCAUAUUUUCACCCCAAGAAGGUUGCAGAAGUUCUCUAUUCUCGGCCACAGACCCUCAAAUUCCAGAGUACUGGGAAACACUAAAGAACGAUGAUUGGCCUGUUUGCCCAUUCAUCUCUCAAGAUUGCCGCCCAGCAAAUCCUUCCGAAGAAGCACACAACAUAGGAACUGCGCAGAGAGUGUGGGAGAAGACGUUAGAGCUCGUGGGUCUUCCUCUUGACGCAGUUGAGAAGCUCAUAGAAGGGGAGAAUGUCCAAUGCCGUUAUGGAGCUCAACACGAAUAGUCUUUCCGAAUAGAUAAGAGAAAAAGUCCACAAGUUGAAUUGCUCCCUUACAAAUCAAAGGGUAAGUAUUGAGAAAUUGCUUUUCUUUUGUUUCUUUGUUUUUUUUUUAAAUCUACUAUACACUGGGGACUGAAUCCCCCAGGCAUGUGGUUUGCUUGAGAAAAGAACAAGGAAGGGCGUGAGAAUGUUUGAAUGUUGGUUAAAAGGCAUGCUUGAGCUGCCAGUCCAUGGCUUACUUACAAGUCUUCUUCAAGUGUUGUAUCUGUGUUAAGAAUCUUGUUCAGUAAGUAGUAUGGUGGCCUGGUCUGGUGGGUAGUUUCCUGUUCGAGUUGAGGGUAUUUCCGUAAAUGUAUCCCUAGUUUGUGCAAUCACGUUACUCAUAUAUUAUUUAUAUCAGUGAAAGCAUCUCUCUUA